AUGACGACUGACCCAACAUCUAACCGGGUGUUUCCCACACACUCAGGGGGCAGUGCCGAGCUUUACCUAUGGGCGGACGGGGUCAACUACACACAGCACACAGCGCGAGCACGUCAAGGACAAGUAAGUGAGCACCAUGCUGUCUCUGUCUGUCUGCAUAAAUACUCGUUACAAAACGCGUGCUCCUUGAUGUACAAAGAGAGAAGUAAUGGCUUCAAUGGCAAUGGCAAUGGCAGUGUAUUAAAGCCUCAGUGUAACCGGUUGAUCUUCUAUAAUUUAACAAAAUUUACCAAGGAGGAUCCAUGUAUUCAUAUAUACAUCGCUCGGAAGGAAAAAAUGACUAUCUUAGGUGUUGAUCCAAGUUCACCGCCAUUGAAGAGAAUACGACUCUGCCAAGAAGUUGCAGACACUCAUUACAAAUAUUGUUAUCCUAUGGCAACGCCAAUAGAUGCAGGCGUGAUGCUGAAUGGAUACGGAGGGCUGGUGGACACCCACAAGACGCAUUCUCCUGAUGAUAGCAGUCUAAACACUGAAGGUGUAAGCCCUGUAGCAACUCUCUGCAACUUGGGGAACACGUGUUUCCUAAACAGCGUACUGUACACUCUGAGGUUUGCUCCUAGCUUCCUACACAACCUCCACCAUCUUGUCGCCGAUCUCACCGAAUUGAGCGGAAGAUACUCACAUUUAAAGAACAAGUCAUCGUCUUUGGGACGUGGGAUCGGAGGCGGGAGCAAGAAUUGGAGCAAUAAGGACCUUUCUACCAUGGGUCAAGAAGACAAGACCGCAGUGGCGACGCUGAGAUUACAUGAACUAUACGAGGCUCUCCACCACACGGAACUGAAGGACCACAUUGAGCCUUACCAGCCUGAGAUCUUCUUGACUGCCUUGAGGGAGGUGAAUCCCAUCUUCGAAGGCAACCAACAACAUGAUGCUCAUGAGCUGUUGGUAUGUCUGGUUGAUACAAUGAGAGAGACUUGUCGUCAACUCUGUGAGCUUCAUGAGAGACAGAGGUGUAUCAUACCUCAACCUCCUCCCCCCACCUGCCCACUGCCUCCGGCUAAGAGCUCCUUCUCCUCAAAUGUACGGAAAAGUCUCAAACUAGGAAAGACCAAGAGCAACGGGGUGUUGGACAAGAAGAAUCCUCUUAACGAUGGACCUCUGAUCUGCGAGCAGCCCUUAACCCAAAAUGACGAAGAGGGGCCUCGAGUAGCAAAUAACUUCAUUUCUGAGGAUUUUGAAGGUGUUAUGCUUCUCUAUACGACUUGUCUAGAGUGUGAAAGGACAAGCCAACUUUCAGAAUCUUUUAUCGACAUAUCUGUUCCCAUCACUGCGCCAAGUGGUCCGUGUGUGACCUCAGAAGAAGUCAGUUCACUAUACCAUUCGGCUGUGAUAACUGAAGAGUACCUAAUAGACAGUGAAAAGUAUUGGUGUGAAGAUUGUGGUCGGUACAAUGAAGCCAGGCGUAACAUCAGCUACGACACUUUACCCAGACUGCUUAUCCUGCAUCUGAAACGAUUCAGCAGCUCUUACGGAUCAUGUGUUCAAAAAGUCAAUGAAUAUAUGCCAACACCUAUCGAACUGAGUUGCUUCUGCAACAAAUGCAAAGAUCUGGAGGAGAGACUUAAACCUCACCGAGGGUACCAACUGUAUGGCAUCAUCAUGCACCUGGGCUCUACCCUAGCCAGUGGACACUACGUAAGCUACGUAUGUGGAAGGGACACUGUCAUGGACAGUGCAAACUGCACAAGAGACAAGAGAAAAACUGCUUCCCUCUCAGGAGGAGCUGGCAAACCUGCUAGUAACACGGAGAAACAUGGAACACAGAAAACAUUGUUCAGGUUUUUCUCAAAGAGCUCGAAGCCUACUUACCCGAGCCCCCUAGAAAACCGAGGGCCCUACUUUUCCCCUUGUAGGAGUGCUGAUUGCUGCGGGGCCAAGCUAGACACCAACGAACCUGUUUGGCUCGAAUGUGACGAUGACACUGUCAGGACCAUCUCUAAGAAACAUUUGGGGGAGCUUCUGGGGCCGAAAAACUCCAAAAACUCUGCUCUCACCCCUUACCUAUUGUUUUAUUCAAGGAUACAGUAAGGUUCGUUGGGAUUUAAGGUUGAAAGUUGUGCAAACUGUAGGAUUUCACAAUUUUGUUGCUCAAGUUCAGAGUACUGAGUAUAGUUUUAAAUAUGUAAAAAUAUUAAGUUUUCAUUUGUCUCUAUAAGGUUGUUUUUAUGCUAACUGAUGAAUCAUUAUUAGUUUAAUCUUUUCUUGAUUUUCAUUUCAAUCUCAAGAAUUAUUUUAUUUUACAGUAUGGAGAUCAAGACUCGAUCCUUAAAGUGAAUAUUUUGUAUCUAAAUACGCAAUAUUCUGUAGUCUCAUCCCAGUUAAACAAAUGGGCCAAACAAAAUCCAUCUUCAAAAUCCUGAAUUUGGAAUUUUAUUUUUGCCUCUGGUUUCUGUUAAAAACAAAUCUAUAUUUUUUCACUUAAAUUAUAUUCAAGCAAAUAAUAAAAUUUUGCCAUUCCCACAUCUACAUGUGUUUUUAUUUUAAAAUUGAAAAUUGAAACUAUUAAUGGUUUAGGUAUUGCAAUAUUUUUUUAGUGGGAUUACAAUCACGUACUUUUUAUAACUAAUUUUAAAACAUGCAUUUUGUAUUAUCUCAGUUUAAAGUAAUGGUAGGGAAAUUACACUUGUUAAUUAAAGUUUGAUCUCAUUUUAUUGAUAUUAUACUUUCCUAAACUGUUAAUGGCUUUUCAAAUCAAAGUAUUUCAUUAUCUCAUUUAAACUCAAAAUACUCUUAGAAAGGUUGUUUCUAGUUUAUUAGUCUUUAGUUGCUUCUUUAUGAAAUAUUUAUUUGUGGAGCUUUCAAUGUUAUUGUAACAAAAGCCUUUGAGAACAAAAACAGAUUUUAGAACUAGAUCAAUCUUUUGUCAACUAACUAUUAUUAUUAUGCCAUAGAUAGAGUGUGUUUCAAGUUAAACGUUCAUACAUUACACAUAACAAUAGUUUGUAAUGUUAAGUAUUAUUAACCAAAUUCAAACUAUUCUGAAAUUUAGAACGACACUUUUAAAAUAAGUUUGUAUAUAUUAUAUUUGUAUUAGUAAUAAAGACUUGGUUGUAAAUUAAAAGUUAGAUGAAAACAUGUAUAUAAUACAUUAUAUAAUAGACAUUCAGGUGUGUUUUUGUAAAGGUUUAUGUAGAAAUGUCAUUAUUUUAUGAACAAGGACGGCACUCCCUUAAUUUGUUAUUGGAUCAAUUCACAAGUUGGUCUUUUUACUUUUGUAAUCUUUCAUCAUCUUAGUCUUUUUUUCAUAAGCAGACUAUAUUUUAAAUUUGUUCAUGCGUCGCCUUAAGUUAAAAUAAUUCACAAAUGAUUGUCUUAAGAAUUUAUAUUUGGCCUACUUAAGACAUUUUAACAUAUAGACCAUGAUGAAUUGUGGUUGCAUAUAAAUUAAAAAUACAUGUUCAAGAGAUAUUGAAGAAAAUUUAAAACUACCUAACUGCUAGUCCCUAUCACACUACAAAAAAUACAUUGAAGAAUAAUCAUUAGAAAAUAAAAGGGAGUAAGGUAAAAAUAUAAAAUAAGCACCCUAAUAAAAUAAUAAUAUUAUUAUUAAAAACAUUAAAAGCUACUACAUUUAAAAAUACUCAUAAAAUCAUACACAGGCAAUCCAGCUAUUAUCCAACAAGAUUUUUGUCAUAAGCUUAAAACUAUUUAAUCAUGGUUAUUUUAUAUAAUCAAUCUUCUACUUUAGACAGACUUUUAUCAAUUACAUUUUAAAUCAAAUACUUACCCUCUUACUUAUAUAUUACUGGAAGCCUUCUAGAAGUUACAAAAACAGGUGACCUGUUACAGCAGGAUACAGUGUUCAAGUUUGUUUAGGCAGCUCACCUUGAAAUCAUAUUUAGGCCUGACAACGUUAUAAAACAUUACACACUAAAUGUCGAAUGUUAGAUCAAGAAUUUUAUUUGGUAAAAAGUAGGAGGGAGUUAGUUAAUAGCUAUUCUGGCUCAUUAACAUCUACAACCCUGUAUGUAUUUGUACAUUGAAAAAAAGUUUACCUAGCCAAAGCUGUACGUAAGUAACUAUUAUAUUUGCAUUGUCUCCUCUUUCCAGUGACGGCACUGUAGUUUGACAGUGUUCUGAAGUUGGCCUUAGUAGUCUUCCUUUAAGUGCACAAUAGACGUCAAUGAAAAGCUCAGGAAAAAUAAACUGAUGAUUUUUCUAAAUCUGUUUGAAAACAAUUUAUGAUUUUUCACAUUUAAUUUUCAUAUGAUUGUUUAAUGAUGGAUUCAGUCAUUUUUCAGUAGACUCUCAGUUGUUCAUUGUUGAAGGGCUGCCUUUGCAGCAGACUGUAACACAUCUAUCUAUUGUUAAAUUAAAAUUGUAAAUACAAAACUGUCAUUGUCAGUUCAGCUUGUCAAACCUUGUUCAAAUUAUCUAUUUUUGUCAUAUAUUAUGUUAUACAGUCAUGAAAAACAUCCUAUCCCGUAAGUUCAAAAAUUUUCAAUAGGAUUUGAUAUGUUUUUGUCUCUAUUUUUUACACAUACAUACCAACAUUUCUGUCACAGCUCUGAUUCUUAUCUGUAGUGGAUUAGAUGAUUAUUUGAAUCCUGUCAAACCACAAUUAUAUCUGUCAGGGGCAAGUACAGCCCUUUCAGUCUCUUCAACCGAUUUACACAUAGCACAGUAUGAAUAAAGGAUACACAGUAUAGCAAAAACUAGGCAUAGAUUUAAAUUGAAAACAAUAGUUAAACAGUAAUGAACCAUGAUGGUUGGUGGGUGACAGUGCACUGCAGACUGCCGGUUUAAGUGAUCUUCAUUAUUGUGUCCAUCGAAGACAUUAUAAUAUCAAAAGAUGGAUAAUUUUAAGCACCUGACGGAUGAUUUUGGCUUAACAGGAGCUGAAACCCAAGUCAUCGACUACAAGAGAAAGAUGGAGUCAGAUCUAAGGCAGAAAAUGUUGUUUGUAAAUUAUAUCAAACAGCUCUGUUGGCCAAUCUCGAUGAAUAAUUUCCCACAUAUGUUGGGUCCCCAUUCAGUCCUAACCUCAUUUGUCCUAAACAUCUAAAAUCUCUCUGCUUAAAUUGAAACAGUACACAGUAAUCUUCAAAAAUAUAUAACUAUACAUUCAUGAUGUACUGACAUAGAGCAAUAAGAAAAAUAAGGAAUGCAUGUUAAUUAUUCUUGCUUCAAAAUACUUUCACAAAGGGCUCUUGUAUAAAAUUGCGACAUUGCGAAUUAGUACGAUAGAAUAUCUGCAGCAUUCUUUCAGCCUGCUAAAAGUGCUAAAUCUGUUGCCUGAUGCUUGGUAUUUCUCUACCAUGUUUGCCGUUCAGCCAAACAACAACUGAACAUGUUUAUUGAAUCUAAAAGAAAACUAAAUUGAUGUUUUAUUUGGUAGUAAGUCUUUUUGUGUUGCUUGGAAAAAGUACAAAAUGUUUCCUGUGUUUCAUUUUAAAUCAAAGUGUUUUAACAAGGGUGGGUAUGAUAGUUCAAUUUACCACUGUGAUAAAUGGAUAUUUAUUUAUCGAUAUUGUUAAAAGCUUAUCGUUACUCUUUAGACUAAAUUCAACUUUACUGAAAGAACGUAAUCUCAUCAAGUAAACACAAUCAAUGUUCUGGUUUUCAGGUCAGCGUAAGUGAAAUCUCUCAAGAGAAAGAAGAUGACCUUUUAAAAGUAUUAUAGUUUUAACUUUUGUUAACCGUCAUAGUUAGGAGAGCUUUGUUUAAUCCAUUUUUUAUUCCAUAAUAGUGUUGUCCGGUAGUUUUAAUUUCUAAGAACAAUUAAUUGUAAAACUUAGGUUACUAAAGAUACUACAGUAGAGAGUUGAUUAUCUGAAACAAUUUGAGGAAAUUGACUGUUCGUAUAACUGAUUUUUUUUCUUUGGAUAAUUGGUCAUUAACAGUAAAGAUUAGAUAUAUUUUUUUAACUUUGAUAACAUUUCAAAACUUUUUUUAUGUUUACAUUUGUAUUUUUACCAGUUUUGUCGACUUUAGCAUCUGUGAGCAUAUCUUGCAGUCUCAGUAACAACGACGAUCGUCUGCCACGAUAGCGUAAACGACCGUGAUUAUAUCUUGCCGUCUCGGCAACACCGGUGAUUGGCCUUUUGGUUAGCUAAUGUUUUGGAUAAUCGAUGCUCUACAGUAAUAUUAUGUUAUAAAAUUUUAAAGUUUGAAUGAGUUUUAAAGUAGUGACAGGUGAUAUGCUACCCAAGACUUUUUAUAUUUUCAUUGUUUUGUCAUUUUACUGUGUUCCCAAGCAUUUAAUAAAAGUAUUAUGCAAUGUUCUUAAAGUUAACAUUGUGUCCAAUCUCUUGUUUACGUUUUUAUUUUAAAAUUCUAGUUUCUUAAGUUUUCGGGACAAAUAUUAACCCUUCCCGAGCGUUGGCCAUAUAUUUAUUUAUUUAAUUAAAUGUCAGUACAUCAUAAUAACAGUACAUAUUGUCAAUGGUUAAAUCAAAGACUUAAAACUAAUAGAUAAAACUAAUUCAUCUGUUUUUACACAAAAACAACUGGAUCUUCCCUAAAUAUAAUUUUUACAUGUCAAAAAUUUUGCUAGGAGUGGGUAGGUUUAUUCAUACCUAAUUCCAACUUCGUAUAUAUUUUAGAUUAGUUAAGAUUAAAUGAUCCGAAUUUUGAAGAAGACAUGAUUGAAUUAUCGAAUCAAAGUAUUUCUGAAAGAAAUGCCGCUGUUCAGCUUUCUGAACACUCUGAAGAUUCAGACAAUGAGUGUUUCAGUACGUAGUUCAGGUGGUAUCAGAAGCUAACUAUGAUGUAAGCGGUCUUGAAGUGCUGCAGGGUGUAGAACGUUAUGAUGAAGAUAACAUGGAUGUACAUUUUGAACAAAGUAGCUUUCGUGCUAGUACACUUGAUUUUGUAAAUAAAUAAAUGUUAUGAAAACGAUGAAAAUUAAUAGAGGCCUGGGCCUUCUGACAAAAGCUUUACUCUUAAGACGGAGGAGUGUAGCAAACCUAAGGAACUGAAUCUAGAUCAUGGUCAAGAUGUUAGUAUUGUUGGUUAUGGUAGGACUACAACAAUGUCUGAUGAUGAAAAUGAAUCAAAAUGAAAAUGAAGUGGGGGAUAGGCCUCUGCAUUCACAAGUAAUCAUCAAAACUGAAGAUAAGGCCAAGGGGACAGACGAAAAGGAAAAAUACUCCCGCCACAGCAAACCUGCAGACUAAGCUAAUUUCCAUUUGCCUGAUUUGAUUUUCAAUUAAAUCUAUUUCAAUAACGUUACGUUUAAAAACCAUCUUUACCCCAUAAAACCCCCCUUCCCAUAGUCUGAUAAUGCUGGUUCGCGAACUCGUUCGAAUAAAUGUGGGUUUACACGUUAAUACAAAAUUUCAUCCAAUCGGAUCAUUUUUGCUCGAGUUAUCUUGGUAACGGACACAUAUAUAAAUUAAUAUUAAAAGUAAAUUGUUCCCCUGUCCAGGUCUUAACAUGAGAACUACGGUAAUAGCUUAUUCCCUAUAUGGGAAAUUUGCUAAAAGUGGAAAGGAACAGCACCUAGAAUGGGCACACGUAACACACGCACAGGCACAUGUAAAAUUGUGGCCAUAAAAUGUGUCUACAAUCAAUAUUAACCAUUAGAUAAAAGUAAAAAACAUCAAAAUUUCAAAAUCAAUUUUUUUUAACCCCAACCAAAUUAUUGAUCGUGUUGUGAGUAGGGCUCGCCAUGCAGCCGCUACUCGGGAAGGGUUAAAACAAUUUUGUAAGGCAUUCAGGGAAACUGAAUGUAAAUGGUGAUAACAAAUCUUACCAUCGUUCACUCACUCGGUUGGUCAUUCAGUUGUAGUGUCAAGUGUAAAACUGUUAAAAAAAUAAUUUAACAGGAGGAUAUUGUUUUUCUUCCUUGUUAGGAUCAUAUGAUGAUCAUGAUCAGAGUUCUCAAAUAAGACAUUUCUUUAGUCGGUAGGGUUAAACUUGUAAAUGUGUAUAGAUUAAUUUAUCGUUUCUGUUAAUAACACAUAUAGAAACUGGCUUUUCUCAAUAUUCUGAAAAAUAUGCAAUUUAGAAUGAAUGGUUCACAAUAGCUUCUGUGGGUUGUAAUAUGAAAUUAUCAAACCUUUUAACAAGUCCAUUUAAGAGCUAUUUUGCACUGUCAUUGAAUGGACUGUAAAAUAACAUUCCGAUAUGUGAUAUAUACAGUAACUUAGCCGUAGGAGUCCUGUGUUGCAAGUUUAUAGUCACCACAAUAAAGAAAACAGUAAAUUUCUAAAAAGUAAUUACAUAUGAAAUAUAGUUUGCCACAAAGUUCUAUUUUAAUUUUUCGUUGACAAAGCAGGCUCACCUGAAUUGGUAAGAGCCGAUCCAGUGCAAGAAAAGUAGUCUGUAAAGCAAGUUGGGCCAGGGUAGACUCUUUCUUAAUCAGGAAAGCCUGUUAUUUAAACAAAACUAAUGUUUUAUGUCUAUAUUACAACAUUAACCCCAUUUCACCUUGUUUGGGGCGAAUAUGAAGGGUGAUUAUGGAAGACAGUAAAGUUAUAUCGUUCUGUUAUGUUAGGCCCACUUUCAAAAACCUCUUUGCUUUUAACUAGUUACGGAAAACAUGACCCAGUCUCAAAUAUUAGAUGUUUGACGAACAUGUGACUAGCAACACUGCACUCCAAUUCUUCCCUACAUAGUAUACUACUAUUAGUCACUCUAGGGCUAGAAGCACAGCUUUGUAGUUCGAUGCUUUUGAAAACAAUUAUUAUUAAAAAUCAAAAUUAAUGUUAGAUAAGUAUUUAAAAUGUGAUAAGGAAAUUGUUAUGUAAAUAAUAUGAUAUUUUUAUUGUCACUAAUGUACAUUAUUAUAUGUUUAAAAGGUGUUGUUAAUGUCAAUAAAUUGUGCUUUGUUUCGUC